AUGCGCUGGUUUCCUCGCCAUUCGUGCGCACCAGCGACACAGAUACCCAACACCCCUCUUGUACCCGACUGGUUCUGGUCCUUGCCGUAACGCGACCAAUUACAUCGCGCCCCAGGUUCAAUACUCACUGCAGCAUCGUUGCCCACGGUGUCCGCUUUGCUGCCACGCUGGCCUCCCUCUCGGCCUCCCAGCGGCUCCGUCAAGCGCUCGUAGACCCCAAGUCGACUAUUACCCACCUCGAGCGACUCGCGAACAAGGUCGAGGACGUGCGCAACAUCAACCCGUCGACGCGCCAGACCUCGUUGGCGCUCGCGGCCCGUGCGGGCCGGUUAGAUGUCUGUGACUGGCUGCUCUUUGACGAGGGACACGAGGAGAUAGAAAUCAGCAGAGUGAGUAGCCAGGUAGUACCUAGUUGGGUGUGCCUUUUCACCCUGUGGUCUCAUCGAACUACGCUGACACUCUGCCCUUCGACGGACGAGGUGGUAUCUGCUACACAGGAUGCCGCAGGCGAGACCAUCCUCCACAUAGCCGCUGCCAGUGGCUUCGUGGAUCUGCUCAACCUGUACCUAUCCCAAUACCCGUAAGGACCUCUCCCUUCCUUCUGCUGGCCAUGGCAUGUCGUUGGUCCGCGACAAUGUCGAGCUCACUCCGAGUCAUCACCGCCCCCCACAUACGGCACCGUCGAUCACCCCUCUGCCCCAGCUUCGUCUUGGACUGGGUCGAUGCCAGAGGGGCUACACCGCUGCACAUUGCCGCUAUGAAAGAUCAACUUGAAGCCGUUCAGGUGAGUACGGGUCCUGCACGAGCCGCCCUCCCAUCGAUACACGAGAGCUCAUUUGGGAACUGGCGCUGCUCGCAGAUCCUCAUUCAUGCCGGAUCGGAAAUCGACGUGCGCGACAUGUUUGGGAACACGGCGUUGCAUUAUGCGGCCAGUUGGGGCAGCUUACCUGUGAGCAGACUCUGAGUCUCUGUGCUGAGACCGUGCCUCUGCAUACGGAAGCUCACCGACGAAAAAGCCUGAUCUUCGUCGAGACAGGUAAUCAAACUCCUCAUCGAACUCGAUUGCGAUUACAACGCCACUAAUGGCGAAGGUUUCAUCCCAUACGAGUACGCCUAUAGGUUAGUCACAUCUGUUCACGAUCCUCUUCUUCGGUAAGAAACCGAUUGCAUGCUAACCAUUAAGGACAUUCGUUUUGCCAGCUUUGACGUCGCCCGGGCCAUGAAAGAGGUGGGUCAAGAGAUGCGAGCAAUCUAUCGGCCAAACUAUCACACUGAUAGGAGUGCUCUGUCUCCAGUUCUACGAAGAUCGAAUCGUCGAGCGGUCUCGGAAAGCCGAACGGCGUCGAGCACGAAGAGCUAGGAUCGCUACGACGAGCCCUUCUCUGUCGGGCGAAUCUGUCGCCCACUCCGACAACUAUGCAUACGAGUCCUCAUCAUCGAUGGAGCGAGAUCCCAGUCCGAUCGGGAUCUGCCUCGGUUCACCCUCACGAUCCGGAACGGGCGACACUUUGAGACCAGCACCUCGUCAAAACCAGAGCGGAUCCUCGUCGAGACGCACCUCUCAACGUGAAGGUCCCAACGGUAGUUCGAAGCGCAACUCGGCAACGUCGGAUCUUGCUACUGCAUUCAAUCAGGUAUCCGAAGUUUCAGACUCGAAUGCCAGUCGGAGUGAAACACCCUCCCGCCUGAAUUUGUUUGGUCGGAAAGAAGGCGGAUCCGGAGAUGGGCGAGGACUACCUCGGUCUCCCAUAUCCCCCCCACCUGUCACUUCCCUAUCGCCGACAGAUUUGUCCCUUGACGGCAGACGAUCGGACGAGGGCAUCUCGUCGGCCUCGGUCGCUCCACGGCAUCGAUCGCAGAGCUCAGUGUUCCCUUCUCAAUCGACCCUAGUAGCUAAACAGGAUGGUCCACCGAUACCGACCCGAAGUCGAACUCUGGAUCCUCUGGUCCCUGGUCAUACUUUGUUCACUGCAAGGUCCGACGAAAGGGACCCAUCAUCAUCGAACAGGAUGCGUCUCGGCAAACUGACCAAAGAUCCGAGCUCGGGCACGGCUACGUCCACUGCGAUGGGAACCGAGCUCGAUCAGACGUCGCCUGUCCCCGGAGUGUUGCGCAGUCGAACGACGGGAAGCGUUGUAUCGUCGGCUUCACAUGGAGGGAGGGCCUCGAGGAUGGCCAAAGCUCUGGGUUUAGGCCUCGGAAGGAAAUAA